AUGGAGCCGCUCAGUCUCACUGCUGCUCUUGCAAUCAUUAAUCCCUCCGCAAUACCGCUUGCAGACCUGGCAAGAGACGUUGCCAAGACUAUUGUUGAGGAGGACAUGGACAUAAAUGUGUCCGAAGCCGGCGAUUGUGGCCAAUUGGGACAUCAUGGCGACAUGGGGCUGGUUGAUAAGAGUGGAAUGCCGGCUGAUACAGAAGUGGUGUAUAAAAAUAGGAAUGGACAUGUUGUUAAACUGAAUGUAGAAACAAAUGCAACCAUGUUAUUAUUGGAAAAUACAACUUUUGUAACUUUCAAAGCAUCAAGAUAUUCAGUUUCACCAGAUUUAAGAUUUGUUCUUCUUGCAUAUGAUGUCAAACAGGUUUUUCAUUAUUCUUAUACAGCUUCAUAUGUGAUUUAUAACAUACAUACAAGGGAAGUUUGGGAGUUAAACCCUCCAGAAGUAGAGGAUUCAAUUUUACAGUAUGCGGCAUGGGGUGUACAAGGAGAGCAACUGAUUUAUAUUUUUGAAAAUAACAUCUACUAUCAACCUGAUGUAAAGAGUAGCUCAUUGCGACUGACAUCCUCAGGAAAAGAAGGAAUCAUUUUUAAUGGAAUCGCAGACUGGCUCUAUGAAGAGGAGCUUCUUCACUCUCACGUUGCCCACUGGUGGUCCCCGGAUGGAGAAAGGUUGGCAUUCCUGAUGAUAAAUGACACUUUGGUACCAAACAUGGUUAUUCCUCGGUUUACUGGAGGUCUGUAUCCCAAAGGAAAGCACUAUCCAUAUCCUAAGGUAAUUUACCUCAGAGAAUACUACAUCACUAUGGUAAAGUGGGUAAGCAAUACCAAGACUGUGGUGAGAUGGUUAAACAGACCACAGAACAUUUCCAUUCUUACGGUUUGUGAGACCACGACUGGGGCUUGUAGCAAGAAAUAUGAGAUUACAUCAGAAGUGUGGCUUUCUAAACAGAAUGAGGAGCCAGUUUUCUCCAAAGAUGGAAGUAAGUUCUUUAUGAUAGUCCCAGUGAAACAAGGUGGCCGAGGUGAAUUCCAUCACAUAGCCAUGCUUAUUGUCCAGGCUAAAACGGAACAAAUCAGUGUGAGACACCUGACAUCAGGGAACUGGGAAGUUAUCAAAAUCCUGGCGUAUGAUGAAAAUACUCAAAAGAUUUACUUUUUAAGCACUGAAGAUUCCCCAAGAGGAAGACAGCUACAUAGUGUAUCAACUGUUGGAUUACUGAACCGCCAGUGUCUUUCAUGCAACUUCAUGAAAGAUCAGUGCACAUACUUCAGUGCAAAGUUUAGUCCUAUGAACAAGCAUUUUUUACUACAUUGUAAAGGACCAGGCGUUCCAGUUGUUAGCGUGCACACUACAAGUAACCCUGGAAAAUUUUACAUUUUGGAAGAUAAUGCUGUGUUGAAAGAAACUAUUUUAAAGAAAAAGAUUUUCCGGACAGAAAUUAAAAUGCUUCACAUUGAGGAUUAUGAACUUCCUUUACAGUUGUCAUUUCCAAAGGAUUUCACAGAUCGAAACCAGUAUGCUGUUCUGUUAAUAAUUGAUGAAGCUCCAGGCAGCCAGCUGGUUACAGAUAAGUUUCACGUUGACUGGGAUUCGGUGCUUGUCAACUCUGAUAAUGUCAUCGUAGCUCGAUUUGAUGGCAGAGGGAGUGGAUUUCAAGGCCUUAAAAUUCUACAGGAAGUCCAUCAUUGCUUAGGUUCAGUGGAAGUGAAGGACCAAAUAGCAGCUGUAGAAUCAUUACUGAAACAACCAUUCAUAGAUCCUAACCGACUCAGCAUAUUUGGAAAGGGAUAUGGCGGAUACAUUGCAUCAAUGAUCCUGAAAUCCAAUGAAAGACUUUUUAAAUGUGGAGCCGUUAUUGCACCAAUCACAGACAUGAAGUUGUAUGCUUCGGCUUUUUCAGAAAGAUACCUUGGCAUUCCAUCUAAAGAGGAAAAUACGUAUCAGGCAUCCAGUGUACUGCACAAUAUUCAUGGUUUAAAAGAAGAGAAUUUGCUAAUAGUUCAUGGGACAGCUGAUACUAAAGUCCAUUUCCAACACUCAGCAGAACUAAUUAAACAUCUAAUAAAAGCUGGAGUUAAUUACACUAUGCAGAUCUACCCAGAUGAAGGUCAUAACAUUGUAUCUGAGAAAAGCAAAUAUCACCUUUACAGCACAAUCCUUGGGUUUUUUAGUGCUUGUUUAAAGGAGGAAGCCCCAAUUUUACCACAGGAACCUGAAGAGGAUGAAUAAGGAAGCCUGUUUGUACAGUACUGAAGGGAGACUUACUUUGAGGCUCAAAAAACCUUAAAUAAAAGAGACUGUAAGAGUGCAGAUUCUGCAGAAGCUCAAGGGCAGCUAAAGGAUAUAACAGUGGAACAGCACAUUUAGAGACACUGAGCUAAUAAACUGGAAUUUGAAUUCAAAGUCCAAACAUGCUACUGAGGGACAGAACUUAUACCUUUGUGGAAGGACAAUGGUUGGUUACAGUUUCCUGGACAAACUUAGUUUUGCAUAAGUGUAGAGUUAGUGCAUGUUUAUUAUGUUAAGCCUCACUGUUUGUUCUGUAAGUAGUUGCUCUGUUUUUAAUUUAAAAGCACAUCUUUAUCCAUUUUUGGAUUAUGCUCUACCAAUCAUAAAUAUUAAGGCCAGUUAUAUUUUAAAAGAUGAGUUGCAAUCUAAUAUUUUACUGUAACAUUACAAUAAGUGCAAUUCCUUUCCUGUCUAUUAAGCAUAAGAAAGCAUUGAGUUAAUAAAGGAUGUGAGAUUUUCUAUAGUUUCUGUUUAAAGGGAAAAUGUUGUCCAGUGGGUUAUAUAACAUAAGUAUGGAAACUGAUUUUAUUUUAUUUUGUUUGUUUCUUUUAAUUUCAGACAUUUAUUAUCAUUAUUGUACCUAUUAGUAACCAGUAAGAGCAUUUUUGGGAGUGCACUCUUGGUCUUUAUGUAUAUACACAAGACUUCCUAAGCAGAAAAUCUUUGUAUGCUUGAAUAAUUUUUCAAGCCAUAAUUAACAGCUGUGUUUUAACAAUGUCUGCAAUUGAACUACUUCCCCAAGCCAAAAUGUAUCAUUUCCAUAAGAAAUGUUUGGGUUGUAUUUUGGUAUUGUUUAUAGUAGUUAAUAGUUUGCUGGUUAUGCUCUAAUUUUAGAAUAUGCUACUUUGUCAGAUGUAAAUUAGAUACAUAAAUAUUAAAUUAUAGUUUCAGAUAAAGAAAUUUUAUUAACAAUGUAAUGCCAUUGAGUAGUAUUUUACCCUAACAAAAAAAUCUUUGCUCAGAUUCCAUUCUAAUUUCUGUGGAGGUAGCAGGUAACUGGAACAGUCUGUCAGUUUUUAUUUGGUAUUCCACAACUGCUUAUUAAGAAGGAUUUACAUUCAACAGUGUUAUGAAGAAAUGAAAUAUUUUUCAUCCAUGGCCAAGGAAGCUCCUGACAAAUGAAGUUUUGUUAUUUUAUUCAGAUGGAGAUACAAGAAUGCAUCCAUUUAUUUGCCAAGGUGAAUUACAGCACUAGAAAUUGAUGCUAUGAAAUAAACAAACCAGUCAACACAGGUCAUCAGAAUAUUAACAUCAAUGAUUGAAAUCAAACAUGAUGUUCAUUUAAUAUUAGGUAUGUUCCAGAAGGUAUCUGAAGGCUCUUGACAAAUGCUGUGCAACUCACAUAAAUACAGAUGUAAUUUUUU